AUGUCCAGACAGUUAACUCUCUUUCAUUCAAUCCAGCUUAACCAGGGGGAUGGUGGUAGUAGUAGCAGUACUGUCAUAGAGCCUGACGCAUCUGACUGUCCCAGUUCCACAAACCCUCAUGGUGUAGAAUCAACCACUGUUAGCUCAAAUGUGGGCUCGAAUGAGUCAUGCUCUGUAGAGGAAGAGGAAUCAUUGAACAUUGAUAUUGCCUCUGGUCCACAUGAGAAUCCUGUUCAACCCAUAAAUCACCCAUUUCCCUUUACCAUGAUCAGCAAAAAGGCACGCUGUUUUAAUGCGAAGUGGUAUCAACAAUAUGAAUGGAUUCAGUAUUCAAUUGCAAAAGAUGCAGUGUUCUGUUACUCCUGUUGCUUGUUUUGUCAUGCCAGUAAUAAAGCUGAAGAUUGUUUUGUUACCCUUGGAUUCAGAGACUGGAAACAUGCUAGUAGAAAAGGUAGGGCCUUUGCUAAACAUGAUACCUCUAAGAGUCAUCAAGAGGCCUUAAUGAAUUGGAAUCAGUUCAAGGUGACAGUUGCUACUGGUUCAUCAAUUGCAACCAGAUUGGAUAGUGCCAGAAAGGAGCAGAUCAAGAAGAACCGCCACUAUUUGAUUGCUAUCAUCCAUUCACUGAUGUACUGUGCUUCACAAGAAAUUGCUCUUCGUGGUCACAGGGAAACACCAUCAGUAUCAAAUCAGGGCAAUUUUUUGGAGCUUGUUAAACUCCUUGCCAUGUAUGAUCCAAUUAUUCAUGAUCGACUAACAUCUGGUCCUCAAAAUGCACUCUACACAUCUCAUUCUAUCCAGAAUCAGCUGCUUCAUAUCCUUGGUGAGAAAAUUCGGAAUAGUAUCUGUCAUCAAGUGCGAUCAGCAGGGGUGUUUAUUAUAUUAGCAGAUGAGACGAAGGAUUUUUCGAAGCAGGAACAGAUGUGUUUUGUGGUUAGAUAUGCUGAUAUGGCCCAAGAUUAUUCAAAGAUAGUUAGUCAGGGGUACGAUGGCGCCAGUGUGAUUGAGUGGUACAUGCGCUGGUGUCCAAGCCAAAUGGAUUCCUGUAGAUCUGUCGCUUCUGCCUCUGAAUUCUUUGCAUUCCUUGAAGCUUUAUAUGUCUUCAUGGCAUCAUCAAAAGCACAUGCAGUUUUUAUAGAGGUACAGAAGAAGAAUAACCCAGACAAGCAACCAAAAAUUGGUUCAUCUUCUGAUCAGUCAAAAGCAGUCGAAGCCAAAGGGUUAUUGUUCCAGGUUCAGUCAUUUUCCUUCCUACUCUCACUUGUCAUCUUUGAUCGUAUUCUGUCAUGUACCAAGCAGCUCUCAGAUCAGCUACAAUCUUCAAAGAUUGAUCUGUAUCGUGCCUCUGAACUGGUUACAGCAUCCAAGGUUAUGCUUCAACAAUUCCGUACUGAUGAAUAUUGGGAUCAAAUCUUUCGUUAUGCCACUGACAUAGCGAACACUCAUUCUAUAUCAACUGAAGUGGAUGAGCCACGGUCUACCAGGAAGCAAAGACCUGCCAACCUUGAUGACAGUAUCAUCACAGAUUCUGUUGGAUCUCGGGAGCCUAUGAAAACAAGUCAUUUUAAAACAAGGCUAUACUUUCCUGUACUUGACCAGUUCCUUGUAGAAAUGAAUGCGCGAUUCAAUCAGUCCAAUUGCAUCAUUCUAAAGGGAAUAGCCACUUGUAGUCCGUCUUCCUCUGUAUUUCUAGACUUUCAAGACAUGAAAGAAUUUGCACUCAUGUUCGGAAUAGAUGUGACAACUCUGGUAAUGGAAGUUGCCUUGGCUUCUCGAGUUGCCUCCCGCAACAGCAUAAAAACAACAGUUGACCUCGGUCGUUAUCUUCACUCCUGUUUGCCUGUGCAUAGAAAUCUUUAUGACACAAUUCAAAUCGCCUUCACAAAUGCUGUAAGCAGUGCUGAGUGUGAACACUCCUCCUCACUGAAACGAAUCAAAACCAGGCUGAGAACUACAAUGGGAGAAGAUCGUUUGUCUGACCUAGCUAUACUGUUCAUCGAAAGGGAUAUGGCUUCAAAAACUUUAGACUAUGAACAAAUAAUAGAUGAAUUUGCAUCUGCUGACAAAAACCAAUAA